AUGGAUCACAGAAACAAGACCAAGGUUACAGAGUUCAUCCUUCAAGGGUUUCAGAAUGAUAAAGAGGUAGAAUUUCUCCUCUUCUGUGUGUUCCUGCUCAUGUACAUGAUGUCUCUGAUUGGCAACACCAUGAUCAUCCUUCUCGUGUGUUGUGACUACCAUCUGCACUCACCCAUGUAUUUCUUUGUAGCCAACCUUUCAUUCCUUGAGGUCACUAUCACCUCCACAGUGGUGCCUAAGAUGCUAGCCAAUUCUUUCUCACUCACCAAAGCAAUAUCCUUUGAGAGUUGCCUCAUACAGUCUUUUUUCUACUUCCUCCUGGGAUCCACAGAAUUCUUCAUCCUUGCUGUCAUGUCCUUUGACAGAUACAUUGCCAUCUGCCACCCACUGAGAUAUACCAUCAUCAUGAACAAACAGAUGUGUAUAAUGUUGCUGCUGGGAUCUUAUGUGGGUGCAUUUGUGUCAGUUUUACCAUCAUCCAUCUUAACUGCACCUCUACCAUUUUGUGGGCCAAAUGUAAUCAAUCACUUCUUUUGUGACAGUGCCCCAGUGCUAAUGCUGGUCUGUGCAGAUAUCUCUCUGGCAGAAUUGGCAGACUUCAUCUCUUCUGCCGUGUUGCUCCUGGGUUCCUUGCUGCUGACAGGAGUGUCUUACACCUACAUUGUCAUUACUGUCCUUAAGAUUCCCUCUGUCCAAGGACAGCAGAAGGCCUUCUCCACUUGCAUUUCCCACCUCACAGUGGUUACACUUUACUAUGGUAGUUCCAUUUUCAUCUAUGUUCGCCCAAAAAAGGGCAAUGUAACGGAUGUUAACAAAUUUGCAACAGUACUAAACACCAUUGUAACACCAAUGCUAAACCCUUUUAUUUACAGCCUCCGGAAUGAGAAAGUCAAAGAAUCCCUGAGAUAUACCAUCAGUAAGUAUGCAAGUAUUUUAGUAAAUUUAAGUUUUCAUAAAUGA